UCAACGAUGGCACCAUCUUUAUAAAUGCCUAAUUUCGGGUAGGCAGAUCAAACUUGUCUGUUUAAUUACUAGCAAAAUCUUGCAAAAACAAAACAGUUUUCUACACUCAACUGUGCGUCAUGUCUGGUGAGGCUAUUUACUUUGCUCUUACCCGAAUGAAUUGCGGAAAGGUCAGAAAAUUAUGCAUGGAACAUCGGGAGGGUCCAUUUUUGGAACUAACCCAACGCAGAGACUCCGUGCUUCAAAAGGCUUUGUAUUCUAAACAGGUGGACUUGGUCCUGGACUUGCUCCAGGAUGCUAGACUUCGCUGGCUACAAGAUUUUCACAAAAAAUUAGGGGAUCAUGUCAACAGGGAAGGAAACAACAUUCUCCACGUCGCAGCAACUCAUGACUCUUGUCUCUCAGCUGCCGUUAAAAUUCUUAACUAUGCAGGUCAUUUGCUAACCUUCAAGAAUGACGUGGGAGAGACCCCUAUCUUUCUUGCAGUCCAAUAUGGCCAAAUCAACAUGUUCAAGUAUCUUAACCAUCAAAUUGAAAUAAUAGCUCCUGAUCCAGAACGUCGUCUAUCCUUCUAUAAGAAAGCCAAUAGGUACGAAACUUACACAAUACUUCACGAAGCCAUGUACAACGACCAUUUUGAACUGGCCUUGUACAUAGCAAGAAGAAUUCCAGAUUUAAUCUGCGAAAAGGACCAUAAUAAUAUGACUGCUCUUCACUUGCUAGCUAUUAAUCCAUUAGCCUUCAGCAACCUGGAUUGGAAACUGCCCGACUUCCUCAUUCGUUUUCUGUUUGGAAGUUUUUCUUUCCAGGAAGAUUCUACCGGUGAUACCAUGGGAGCUGCUUGUGUAGCUAAGUCAAGUUUUUCGAUGAGGAUACCGUCGUGGGAGAAUAUGAAAAGAAAAUAUCGAAGACAUUAUGCUGCUCUGCAACUGGCUUACAUUCUAGUCCUAAGAGAUACGAGCUGGAUAGAAGCCGUCUCCCCUGAUGCUGAAGCUGCUUGUUCGGCAGACUGCCAUGGCAUAAAGCUGGUGAAAGCAGAUGAGUAUUCAGGGCGAGAGUCGAUGAAACCACCAACACCUUUGAUCUUAGCAACAAAGUAUGGGUGCUUGGAGAUAGCCCUUAUGAUUAUAAGAGAACACCCUUUCACAGUUGAGCAAGUUGGUCCAGAAUAUGGCUCAAUUUUACACUUGGCCAUCAAGUACCGGAGGAUGGAGAUAUUCAAUGCUGUGAUGAAAUUGCAGAUGCAAAUAACUAGGCUGGUGAGACUCGUGGAUCAACAAGGAAACUCCAUCUUGCAUAUGGUUGCUCUAAAUGCUACACAACUAGCACAAGUUAAGAAAAGCUAUAUCCCUUGGGACUCUAGUGAAUUAAACGAUGCAACACGCAACCCUGCUUUUGAAUUGCAAGAGGACCUGCUCUUAUUCCAGCGGGUGGAAAGGACUCUCAUGACUCACUACCAUAAAACACCAAACACCGAUUAUCUGCAAGCCGAUCAAUUAUUUGCUGCAAACAAGGAACCACUUCGAGUGGCUGCCCAAGAAUGGAUGAAGCGAACAGCAGAGAACUGCGCUGUCAAUUCAGUCCUCAUCGCAACCAUUGCCUUUACAGCAGCAUAUACAGUACCAGGCGGGACAGAUGAUCAAAGCGGUUCUCCCCUUCUUCUGAAUCACACACUGUUUGUUGUUUUCACUGUUUCUGAUGUACUUUCCCUUGCAUCCACAAUAAUAGCCGCUCUUUUGUUUCUUUCCAUCCUCACUUCGUCCUUCCGAUUCAGAGACUUCAAGGAGUCGCUUCCAAAGCGUCUGAUGUUUGGAAUCUCAUGCCUCGUAUUCUCAUUGAUAAUGUUGACAUUGGCAUUUGCAGCAACGAUCACCCUCAUGAUCAGGAGUAGGCAAAGACCCACCAGAAUCGCCUUAUAUGCCGUCGCAUUUCUCCCCUUCAGCGUCUUGAUCGCAACCUACAUGCUUUUCACUGUGCCACUGAGACAAACAGUAGAAUACACAAUUAGCAAAGUCAAGUUGAUUUUUCCCAUGUUUUAUGUUAGGUACGGCGUCUCCAAAACCUGGACAAACCUUAAUGUCGAAGUUUAAAUACACAUAUCCAUCGAUCAUCAUCUCGAUCUCCAGGAGUUUCCAGUGGUUUAUUACCUAGUAAUCGUGACUCUGCAAUAUAUGUAGUAUUGUUUCAAGUGUUUCUAGUUUAUCUAAUUUAUUGCUGCAAAGUGUUUGCCGGGAAUUCGAAUAACAUCCGGUAUAACUAAGGCCUCAUUUGUUUAUUUCUUAAU